UGAGGAGAGAGAGUAAUAGUCAAUAUUGAAUAUUCAUGACUGAGUUAGUUCGUGGCCAGUGACCAUGGUAGUGGUAGCGUCCGUUGUUAACAUUUGCGCGCACAAUUCCUGCUGAAACACCCACACAACUUCCACAAUCAUUUCCAUCUUCUCCACGAAUAAUAAAUUUCCCUUAAUUUCCAUUUUCUUCAUUAUAAUUUCACACAAAAGAAAAACAAAAAACUCCAUUUUUCCCAUUUUUAGCUCACUCUUCAGCACUCUGUCAACUUUUUCUUUUGCCAUUUUUGGCAAUCAAAAUUUAAACCCAAUUUCCGCGUUAUAGAACGCCUCUUUGCUACUACUUUCAUUCAUUUUUUAUGAACUUGUAUGGUGUUUGUUUUUGUUUUCAGUAUCAAUUUUUUAGUGGGUUUCACUUAGGUCAGUGGUUUCUAUAAGUUGCUAAGCAUUGCGAAGCUAUGUCACAACAUGUGGAGGAAAGCCACGAAGACUUCAAAUGGGGAAACAGUGUUCCUGUAAUAGAUGGUUCAGGCCUUAAGGCUUACAAGUCCUUUACCUAUAAAGGUGUCGAAUACUCGCUUUAUGACAGUAUAUACACGUAUCGUGAUGGUGCAAAAGAUACAGAUAUUGGUAAACUUGUAAAGCUAUGGGAGUCAAAAAAGGGAACAAAGAGGGGGAAAGUCGUAUGGUUCUUCCGUCCAUCAGAUAUAUGUAAUUUCUUGAGAGAUUACAGGGUAUCCUGGAAUGAGCUAUUUCUGGCUUCUGGUGGGGGCGUAGGAGUUUCCAACGUUAUUCCUCUGGAAGCUAUUAUUGGAAAAUGCAAUGUUGUAUGCACCGCAAAGGAUAGAAGGAACCAUUGGCUAGAAUCAGAUUUGGCAAAGGCUAACUACCGUAUUUCCCAUAUCUUUGAUGUUGGAGAACUAAGAAUAUCAGAAAAGUUUCCUGAUAUGAUUGACAAGAUAAAAGUUGAAAACUUGUUCAAUUGGAAUCAAGGUAAGGUCAAAGCAAGUGUAGAAUGCAGGGAUGGCCUCGGUACUGGUGCACGAUUGAAAGUUGAAGAAAAACCUACACUUACUGCAGAAAAGCCUACCGAGGCAGAAGUUCAACCUUCAAAGAAGAGGAAAAUUCUAGCAGUGGCAGAGACAGGUUCACUCUCACCAUCUCAGGAUACCAGAAGAUGGUUCUCCGCGUUGCCAUGGGAAGAUAGAGUAAAGGAUGCUCAUGAGAGUGGAACUCUUGUCCACUUAGUUAACUUGGAUCCAACACAUGCCGCAUCAGAUGUACAGGAAAUAAUUUCAGUGGCUUUUAAGGUAAAGGCUGAUGCAAAGAUCAUACCACGCAUACGUUCUUCUGAUGUAUUAGGACAAGCAUUGGUUAUAUUUGAAUCGAAGGAUGAUGCAGACUGCGUCAUUUGUAUGUUAAAAGAAAAAUGCCUUGUAGUCGGAGAAGGAAGGUCACUCGUUGCUUGCAAAAUCGCUCUAAAUGAACCUGGUAUAACCUGGAAUUUUCCCGGCCAUUUCGUCAUGGAUAAGCUGAAGUGCAGAUCUAGCAUGGUCAUAAAGAGAAGGGCUGCGUUUACUUCGCACUGCACCCAGGCAAAUACAAUUGAACAUGAGAUGGCAAUGCAGUGGCGCAUGCUUCAAAAAAAAGCUGAUUUGUGGUGGGAAGCUUUGUAUAAGGAACAAGCGAAAGAGUUUUUACCCUAUCUGAACCAGAUGAAGAAGAAUCAUCAAUCAAAUGAACUUCAUACAACAGGAAUGCCAUCUCAGGAACAAGCGAAACAGUUUCCACACUGUCUGAGCCCGGUGAAGAACCGUCAAUCAGUUGAACUUAAUAGAACAUCAUUGCCAUCAACUCAGGAACAAGCAAAAGAGUUUUCACACUGUCUGAACCUGAUGAAGAACAGUCAAUCAGAUGAACUUAAUAGAACAACAGAAGUAACUUAUGCAUCUGAAUCUCCAGUUGAGAGGCCUCAGAGUGCAUCACAUCCGGCUUUGUUUUGAUUAUUAUGGUUUGACAGUCAAAGAGUGUUUCGUGUACAGAAAGAAGCAAUUGGAGUACCCUUUAAUACCCACACAAAUGUAAUUAUGUAGGUGAAUAUAGUCUAAUAAGAUAAGUGAAUAUAUUAAAAUAUGGUUAAAUUACAUUUGUAUUGCUGUUUCACCUACAAUGCAAACUAGAAAAUUUGACAUGUGUAGAGUGUAGACCAAGCAAAUCAUGAAUGUUAUCCUGGCAGUUACAAAUGUUGUGAAGAUCCCGAUCUUUCGUGUGGGUUGGUGGAUAUGAUAAAAUAAUGUAUAUAAGUGUAUGUAAUUGUGAAAUGAAGAAAUUACGACGGAUAUUGCUGAUUGCGUAACUUUUUAUGUGAAUUUUUUAUUUUAUUUUAUUUUUUGUGACGUGGUGUG